AGUGCAGAUUUUACCAAUACCACGUUUUUGUGGACAUAUCAACAUAUAUGUCGUGAUCCAAAUACGGACACUGAUUGACUUUUCAGUGAACCUUGAUGCACGGACAUAACGAUUGAAACUAUUGAAUAGCUUCUGCAGAGGAUUUAAUGAAAACAGCACAUGUUUACCUACCUUUUGAUGAUGAGCAAGAACAAUAUACAGUCAUGAUUCCGACUCAUUUCGCUACUUUUACCGCCGAUUGCUCUUCCAAUGGAUGGUAAUGCACGGAAGCAGCAAGAACAUGGCGCAGCAGAGGUUGGUUCUGGAUAUUGGUGGGACAACCUUUAGUACAAUGACAACAACGGUUUUUAGAAUACCUAACUCCAGGUUAUGGAGGCUAACAAAAGACCUUGAAAGAAGUGAAUUCGUUCACGCAUGCGGGACGUAUUAUUUUGACAGGAAUCCGGUGAUAUUUGGAGCCAUUCUGGACUGCUACAGGACCGGGGAGUUUCAUGUGCCUUGCUGCAUGUGCCCGCUGUCUGUACGAAAGGAACUAGACUAUUGGGGGAUCCCGGAUAAAUUCAUUGCCCCUUGUUGUUUGCGGAAGUUACAGCAGCAUGAGGGCGAGGAAGAGACGCUACGACAGUUACGAAAGGAACUGGAACAUGGGAAAUACGCCAGUAUGCAGUUACUUGAACAGAGCAAGUCAAGGUUUAAUAGAGCAGUGUUACGGAGUUGGCUGUUUUUGGAAUUUCCGAACUAUUCGAGAUUGGCUGAGGGUUGGGCCAUCAUAUCUGGUCUGCUCACAGUUGCCUCUAUCAUCGUACUGGCCUGCACCAGUCAUCCAGCCUUCACCCAGCCAUUCCCACACAACGACACCUUGGUCGGCGUGGAGAAGAAAGUCACGGAACUCCUCCCAGGGGAUAAAUUCAAACGUGCCUUCAUCGCUGUUCCGCAUCCAAUAAUUGUGCGAAUGGACCAGGCAAUCAACGGUAUCCUCACAAUCGAAUUCGUCUUCAAAUUCUUGGUAUGUCCGUAUAAAAAAGAUUUCUUCAAAAGUGUCUUGAACUGGAUUGAUUUUGUUGCCUUUUCCAAUUACUGGACUUUCACGGCAAUGUACGCUGCCUAUGAAGUGGCGCCCAAAGACUUGGCAUACAUGAUCGUGAUGAACGUCCUCACCGGUUUUAUAGCCCUGAGAAUUUUCAGGAUUUUCAAACUCGCUGGAGUCUUUAAAGGUUUGCGGAUUCUUUUACUUGUCGUGAAAAAGAACGUAAAAGAACUUGCAACAUUGAUCAUGUUUUUUAUAUUCGGCAUGCUGAUUUUUUCUACCAUGAUCUUCUACGCCGAGUUACACAUAGAUGGCGAUUUUCCAAGCAUAAUCGACGGGUUUUGGUGGUCUAUUAUUACGAUGACUACAGUGGGGUACGGUGAUGCUGUUCCGUCAAGUUAUCCCGGGUAUGUAAUCGGCGGCAUGUGCGCCCUAACUGGCAUGCUUCUCUCCGGUUUAGCUAUCCCCAUAAUAAGCAACAAUUUCAAUCUGUACUAUUAUUAUGGGAGAACGUACUCCGAACAGAUGGCAAAGAAGGAAACGAAACAAGAAGUCCAAACGAACCGACUAGAUUAUACUAAUUCGUUCACUGGAGAGGAAAACGGCCAUGUGGGUAACCAUCAUGACCACGAGGAAGGAAGGAAUUUUCUGUAGUACUUGUACAUGUACAUGUACAUGUAGUCGUCGUCUGCGGUUUGCGUACGGAUCGCGUUGUAGUGCAGUCCCUUCUCCACAGAUCCCGCAGUUUACAAUUAUUCCGUGCAAAUCGCCUCGCCCCAUGUUCACAUGGUCGAUACAUGCAGGAGGGCCCGGGUGAGGGCGUUGAUCUCGCUAGUGUACAUUGAUGACAUCGAUGCGGUCACCUGUGCAAUUUAUUUCUACUUAUCACAGAAUAACAUCAGGAACAAUCAGCAGUUGUGGUCAGUUAAUUAAUGCUCGCUGGUAGAGUGAAUAAUAACACACGAGUUAGGUAGGAUACGGUAACACGGCAUGAUGUAAAUAUGUUUUUUAAAUGCGGAGUGCAAUUUACAGUAUCAGCAGUCAGGAGUUUGUCUGCAUAAUUUAAUGGGCUGAUGAUAAUCUCGAAUGCACAUGGCCACAAAUCAAUGCCACUCGUGUAAAUGUUUACAUGCUUUAAACUGCAUGCAUUGAUGAAACAAAAUAUACAAACGUAGAUCGAUCUGAUCUUAAAAACGUACUCGAAACUCUGGUAUUGUCUUUUCAUUGCCUAUCUACAUAAUGAGCGUGCAAGUCGGAGGCAUGCUAAACCUAGGCAGGCAAUGCAGAGGUAGUGAUGGGGCAUUGCUAAAUGUACAUUGGUUGCCUUUUUGUUAUCUUUAGCAGUUGCCUAUACCCCAGGGCUCCGGCAGAAAAUUUGUUCGUGCGCAUUUCAUAUUUUUAUGCUUAUUAUUUUGUUCGACUCUGCCUGUUC